UUCCGCACGACCCGCCUACCACGGCGCACACUUGGUAAAAAAGGAUCAACUAUGGAUCCUUAAAACAGUUCGUCUGUAACCGUUCAUCAUAUAGUGAAACGAAGAUAUUGCAAACAUGCCUACGGUGGUUCUUAUGGACUCAUCGCUGUCCAUGACGCGACCCGUGUCAGUGGAGGGCAGUGAAGAGUUUCAGAGGAAGAACUUGGCCGUUCAUGGACUCACGAUGUUGUUCGAACACAUGGCAACAAAUUACAGGCUGGAGUUCACGUCACUUGUCGCUUUCUCCUCCCUCUGGGAGCUUCUGGUCCCAUUCACCAGAGAUUAUAAUACUCUGCAGGAGGCCUUAAACAAUCUUGAAGACUAUGAUAAGACCUGUCUGGAGGCUGCACUGCAGGGUGUCAGUAAUGUAGUACAGCAGGAAUGGGGAACAUCCUGCCCUUGCCAGGUGGUGCUGGUUACUGAUGGUGCAAUGGGGAUUGGCCGUGGUUCUUUGCGCCAUUCCCUGCAAACACUGAAACAACGUACGGACGAUAAGAAGUUCCCUCUGCCUUUCCCGUUCCCUUCCAAACUCUUUGUCAUGUGUAUCGCCAAUGCAGAGGAGUUUCAAGCCUCUGAUGGUUUGGAUAACUUGGAGCUGCUGAUUAAUUUGAACGGUGGGGAGGGUCAGAUAUACACUAUGGAGGGACCCCUCUGUCUUAAAAGUGUCCAGGCUAUGUUUGGCAAGCUGAUUGACCAGGCAUACUCUCCCUUACAUGCUGUGCUGCGCUGCGGGAACCUGGCUUCUGACGUGCAGGUCUUUCCAAGGCCAGAACCAGUGCAGAUAGAUGAGGAGGUGGAUCCCAUUCCCAAAACAGUUCAAACAGACUUGGAGAUUGUGGGUUUUAUUGAGAUUGGAGACAUCUCCAGCCCUCCCGUUUUAUCCAGGCACUUGGUACUGCCCAUUGCUGUGAAUAAAGAGGGGGAUGAGAUGGGUACAGGCACCGCUGAUGAGACGGAGGAAGAGCCCUCCACAAAUCAGAUGGCUGGCAAAAGCCCAAAUUUCUGCGUACUUUUACAUGGCAGUCUAAAAGUGGAGGGCAUGGUGGCACUUGUACAGUUAGGGCCAGACUGGUUUGGAAUGCUAUAUUCUCAGGCAGACAGUAAGAAAAAGUCCAACCUGAUGAUGUCACUCUUUGAGCUGGGCUCGGAGCCUCUGCCCUGGCUGGGCCGAAUGACACAACUUGGUCCUGCCUCAGAUGCAGCUGAAAAUCCCUAUGGGGAAGAUGACAGUAAAAGUCCCUUUCCCAUACAGCCGAAACACAAGAGAAGUUAUGCUCAGAAUGUUACCGUUUGGAUUAAAGCUAGUGGACUUCAGACAGAUGUUCAGAAAAUUUUCCGUAACGCAAGGAAACUGCCAGAAAAAACACAAACCUUUUAUAAGGAAUUGAAUCGCCUGCGUAAAGCGGCUCUGGCCUUUGGAUUCUGGGAGCUUCUGAAGAGCGUGGCUGAACUUCUGGAGAGGGAAUGCACUCUUCUGCCUGAUUCUGCCCACCCUGACGCUGCCUUCCAGCUCUCACACGCUGCCCAGCAACUUAAACUGGCCAGUACUGGAGACUCCAAGUAUGCAGCUUUCGAACACAACAUCACCCCCAUGCUCACUGACUUCUCUGGGGGCGGAGCCGAGAGAAUGUAGGGGAUAUGGGUACGAUGCUCCCGGACUAACGGAUUUUGUGAGAAUUAAUGGACCUUAUUAAAGGUUUCUCCGUGGGAAUUGAGCCACUGUACUUCUGAAAUACACACUUUUCUCAUUUUCAAUGUUUUUGUAGCGUUAUACCUCAACAAAGCCAUCUUUUUUAUAGAUAAGAAACGAUAUACUUUGUGACAUGGUCAUUUAUUAGCGUUCCAUUUGAGGAAAGAAAAACAUUCAGCGUUUUCAUAAAGUAGUCCAUUUAUAGGCUUUGGAAUAAAAUUUGUGAAAAUAGCUUUAAAACAUGUUGUUUUAUUAAUGUGUGCUGCUUUUUAAAGGUAGUUGGAAGUCAACAUGGUUCACUGACAUUUUUAAUAAAACAUUUUUAGUUGUGUUUACA